GGAUGAGGAAAGGAAAAAGUCAACAUUAUAAAAGACAAAACCAGGAGGGGAAACGCUGCAGGUGCACUCCUUUUGGCUCUCACCAUCCACACCAAACAGCUUGAACACCUGACAUCUACAGUUCUUGGGCACCAUGGGCUUGUACGCCCGGUGGCGGUAAGAUGCCUGGGCUGUGGAAGCGGAUAACAUUCUCGUUGGCCUCGGCUCUCUGUAUCGGCUCUGUGCUGCUCUUGGUUGUGGCCCUGUCGACCGAGCGGUGGGUGACCGGCCGGAUCCUGUGCAAAACCGGGGCCGAGAUCGUGAACGCAUCCGACCCGGAGCUCGACCAGUUCACCGGGCACAUUUACUACGGCUUGUUCCAGGGAGGGAAGACCAAGAACUGUGGGCUGGGGAACCGGAGCUCCAAAAUCUACAUUUUCCCCAAGCUUGUGCAGACGCUGAACGGUGGACUUCAUAUGAUGGUGAUUCUCUUCCUGCUGGUUUCAGUGGGCUUUGCCUUGGUCAGCCUGUCCUUCUGUAUCUACAAUGCCCGCAAAGUCCCGUACCAGAGCAUCAAGGGACACAAGGGGCUCUACCUGUGGAACUUCAUCGCUGCUCUGUUCGGCGCCCUGGGUGUGCUGUGCUUCCUGGCAGCCUUGAGGCACCACAGUCUGACCGAACGGGUGGCCAACUACCGGGAGAACCUCUUCCUGCUCUCCGUCCUGGACGACAGCCUGGAUUGGUCCUUCUGGCUGGGCGUGGCCAGCAUUGGGACGCAUGUCGUCAUCUGUGGAGUGGUCGCCAUGAGCCGCAUCAAGCUGCCCAAACCGGAGAACAAAAAGCCUGAAGAGCCCACCAUCUCUGCUCUGGACCUGCUCUACUGAACCUCCAGCCAGAGCAGAGCAGAACUGAAGACAGAUCAAUAGCUCUACAAACUUGUUAGUGCUAAAAACAAACACUACGCCAGUGUUUAUAUCAGUACACACCCAUCAUAUUCAAUUGAACACCCUUGAUUGUUUUGAACAUCCACAGCAGAGCCAUAUCAGCUCUAUAUGAAUAGACAAAGUGGCUACAACCAACUCAAAAUAAUUGUCACUGAAAAUUAAUGACUUACUGAUACUGGAAAAUGUGCUGUCUAAAUGAUUUUUACACUGGUCUGGAUAUUACAGCUGUUGUAUUAUUUCUAUACCUGCUUGGUCUUCAUAUCCACAUUACUAAUAGUUAUUUCACCUAAAUUUCUUGUGUGUAAAUACUUUAUGAGCACACCAAUAGUCAUUACUACAGUCUAAUCACAAUAUCAAGGUAUUUAGUCAAAGAUAUUUGAGUUUGUCAUUUUUUCUAUAUUGGACCAAAUUCACUCCAUACAGAAAAUUUUCUAGUUAGUUGUUUUUCCAGUGGCAAUUAUUUGGAUUUGACUAGUGUUGACUGGAUUGAUUGUUGUUAUUCAUAGGGCUCAUUUGGCUUGGGCAGGUUUUCAAAACUAUGUGAAAGUGUUAAAUUAUCUCUGAGGGGUGCAGACUCACAGAGACACUGGAGUAGUGAUGAUAUUUAUGCAUUCAAAGGUUCAAUAAACACUCGCUGUGUUGCUGUUGUGAAAACUCACACACACUGGCAAUUUUUAGAGCACUUGCAAUGUAAUUUGUGAUAUUUUUUUCUUUGCACAUCCCUCUGAAAUGACACUUAUUCCAGACAGGAGACAUCAUGUACAUCACCAGAGGGCUCAGAGCACACAGCCAGCCACAAGGAGCACACCAGGUGGGAAAGGAGCUUAGCAGUCAUUUUUCCACAAGGACAUGGUGCUGUAAACUUUUGCAAAGAUGCAACAAGUGACCUCUAGUCGCUCUUUCACCACCAGGUCACUGUGCCGCUUGGCCAUCCUAAUUACAGUGACAUUAAACCACUCCAAGCCACAAUGCCAUCCAUAAUGUAUGAGUGGAAUGACUUAACUGCAGACACUGCCACAACUAAAGUCGCAUCACUACUGACUUGUGGCUUGUUGGACAUUCAAUCUGGAGUUGUGUAUAUGCUGUCUACAAUUGUGACAUGCAGUAUGUGUUUGAUGCAAUGUAAAUAUAUGAUUAUUAUUUUCAUUUUCUAUAUGAAAUGUCAUUAACAGACUUGUUUUUAAGUCACUGCAUGGUAAUCCCAGUAAAGUCUUGUGGCCAGAAUGAGA